GACCAGAACAGGCAGAUCUACUGAAAUACACUGCUGAGGGGAGCAGUGGGCGAGACAGGAGAGGUCUGCUGCCCAUUUGGGUCAGCUCCCUGGAUGGGGAUUGAACUUGUGGUGCAGUGGCUGGAGAUAGCUUGAUAGUGCUGAGACUUAACCCCUUGGACCACCAGGGAGGCCCAAUUUCCAGUUGUUUUUCCAGGGUCUGUGCUGUAAUUUGAACAUCACCUUCCGCCCAAACCCAAAGAUCUUGGAGGAGCUUCAAGCUGUGACCAGACUUCCAAUGGACUCCUCAAAGAGUUUGAACCCAACCUUGAGCCCUGAGUCUUUUCAGAUGUGCACUGAAGACAGUUCCCAGGAAGAUUCAGCUACUUCUCAACCCGUCUCAGAAGGAUUAAUAAAGAAUCUCAGUAACUUGACUCUCAACCCUAAUAUCACACUUCCAUCCCCUCUACCAGAAUAUCCAUCCCAACAGCAGAAUCAAGAAAAUACCCUACAGGGCACACCCUACAAGAGGCGGGGAGUAAGGACACUGCUGUCUGUGAGGAAAGAACUGAGGGAAAGGAUGGUAAAAAUCAGAUACCAAUAUCUUAACCGAUUUUCUCUGCUGCAGGAAGAAAUACGGAGGAAGGAAAUGGAGAUUGAAAAAAGGAUAAAAAAAUUUCAGUGUAGCUGUCAUUAUUGCCUAUAUCACAGAGAGUUUCCCGAGGAGAAGACAACCAUGGAGAAGAAUUCUGACACUGAUUCAAUUUAGUCCUAAUCACAUUUAAUUGUACUGCUUUUUCUUGAUGAUUAUUUUAGGAUCAUUAUGCAGCAGUUUGGGAACAUUACUUAUGCUCUGAUGGACUAUAUGCCAGUAUUUUGUUAACCUGUGAUAGAAGUUCUAUGAUGUCUUUUUUUCUUGCAUCUAACUUGAUUCCAGUAACUUAAAAGGAAUCUUAACAGCUUGCAUUUAGUGACUUCAAAUAUACUUUAGUUCCAGUUCUUUUUUUUAAAUCUCACUCAAAGAAGCACUACAGUUGCUUGAGUAUUUUAGAAGGUCUGAGUCAAUAAAAACAAUUAUUUGGUGUUUUGGCUAGGAUAUAAUUAGGGUAAGAGGUUCUACCUAGAAUUCCUGGUUUGUAUUUUUGUUUUGUGGUUUUUUGGUUUUGGUUUUUUUUUUGAGUUCCUGGUUUUCAAAAAUUUGAAUUGUAAUGGUUUUUGAUUUGCAAUUUCAAUUUUCAGGAGCAAACAAAUGUGUGUAUUAAAAAGUCUUAUUAAAAAUGAGAUGUCUUUAAGAAACUUGUUCAUUUAACUUGUUUUUGCUAACUGUGUAGUCAACGAACCAUAAGUCUUAUCCUCGUCACAUUAAUAUAUAAGUAUCUGACAUUCUAAUAUUUUAUGACAUUGUUCUAUUGGGAAGAAACUUUACAGGAUUUGGAUUGACUGAAAUACACUGCUGAGGGGAGCAGCAGGGGAGGCAGGAGAGGUUUGCUGCACCAUGUGGGUAGUUCCCUGGCCGGAGAUCCAACUCUUGCUGCAGUGGCUAUGAACAGCCU